ACAAACAAUUCCCUUUUGUUAGUUCAACAUUACGCUUCUUGUAAAUAUAACGCUUUAUGUUUGACUAAAUUUAUAUGACGCGGUAACAAUCAUUAAAUAAUAAAUAAAUGAUAUUUCGUUAACAACAAAUAAAUUUGUUUUAUCAGUUUGUAAAUAUGCUUAAAUUGGCAAAUUGUGUUUUGUUGGUGUUUGUGUUGCAAUUAGCAUACGGAAGGAUUGUAAAUAAAAGAAAAUGUCCGGAAGUCAGGGCUGUGCCACAUUUUGACUUAUCCCAGUUGCUGGGAGAGUGGUACGUGGUGGAGUAUUAUGCGAGUGAAGAAGAAGCUCUCUCGUACAGCUGUAUGAGAGCUGUUUUUACAGAAGAUGACCAUGUACAAGCAGAAGAUGGUUCGGUGGAAUGGACGCCUGGUGUAACCAUGAACUUCACUUACCGCUUCGCUGACGAUCCGCUGGGCGAAAAUUUACUUGGCAACAUCACUUGGCGAGUGGACUUGAACGAACCCGCUCACUGGACGCAUUCUGAAAUCACUUAUGAUGGUAUAUAUAAUACAUACGUAUUAGAUACUGAGUACAAAACUUGGGCGCUUUUAUUGCACUGCGCUGAACAGAGGGAAGGCACUAGGUACCUUAGUGCUUUCGUAUUAUCAAGAAAAACCUCAUUACCGAAGAACGUGAUGGCUUAUUUAAGAGACAAGUUGCCAAGAUACGACGUGGACAUCAAUUAUGUUUUUCCAAUACCACAUAAAAACUGUUCCUCGAAGCCGGCAAAAGCUGACUUCUCUCCGAUACUCGUGGAGGUGAACAGCAAAAUACCCAGGAAGCCUGGAAUCACCUACAAAGUUGCAUUCGGACAUUAGUAUUCUUAAGAUAAUUGUCAAAUAAAUUAGUUUAUGGCUAAACAGAUAGCAAACAAGAAUGUUUAAUAAUAUCAUUUUAUAAUGUUACGUUAAAAUAUAAUUUUGUACUUUAUAAAAGUAAUUUAUUUAGGUUUUUUAUUUCUUUUUUUUUUUCAAUAACACCAAGACAAUGUAUAGUAUUUUGUAAAAAUAAUUAGUAAUGAUAGAUUUUUUUCAAUAAAUAAUAAUUAUUAAAGUCAGUC